AUGCCCGUAGGCCGCAGAUCUGGCCGCAACAAGGGCCCCAGGACGGUUUAUACAGAGGACCCUUUCGUAUCCGCUGGAAUCAGUGAUGAAUCAAGCUCCGAGAAAGAAACACCAGCACCCAAGGGCAAGGAGAGAAUCCGGCAGAACGAAGAUUCUGCAUCCGAAGAUGAAUUUGUAGCUGGUUCAGAUCACGAAAUCGAUGAUGGGGACGAGGGUGAAGAUUCUGCGAACGAAGAAGCCGAAUACGACGAGGAAAUGGGCGAAGCGAAUGAAGAUGACAAUGAAGAUGAUUUUAUGGAAAUAGAUGAAAUCAGCAAUUCUUCCAAGAAGAAAAAAGUUUCAGCUUCAAAAUUGAGCGCAAACGCACUGCAGACAGCCCGUGAUGCUUCAUUUAUCCCGAAGGAUAAGACACACUACAGGGGCAUUCUGGAAACCAGAGAUCAAGUUUCCAAACUAAUGCAUUACAUCUUGACGUAUGGCUCGGAUGAUCGUGACAUGGGCCUUGCAAUUCACAUGCGUGGCCGGUGGCGGUUGGGACGGGACUCUACCUUCCCAACUCGCCUGUCUCUGGAGCAAACUGACGGAGAGUCCGAUUCUCCGCAUGGGUUUAGACUUGGGAUCACCGCAAAAGAUCUUGAAGAAGAGAGGAAUACUGGAUGGGCCUGGUACUGCGACAAGGAGAUCGGUGGAAAGUUCCGAGGAAAGCAGCAACUCGGGAAGAAAAUGAAGGAAGUGGAAGCACGUCAACAAUAUCUACCCCAGCCAAGGCCACAGACGCAUAAAGUGUUGAUGGGGCCAUCUGACUCUCAACAUGCCUUCGAUCUUGGCUACCAUGACUGCAUUGAUCUAAGCCAAGCUUGGGACGACAAACCGCCUAAGAAGAGCACGCAGCCGGCAGGAACGAAGAUGCGGGAGGGUUGGCUUAUCAAUAUUGGGCAGAAAAUUCAAUGUAUGGCAUGGGCCCCCAACCAAGAUGGUUUAUCCCAGUACCUUGCCGUGUCUGCGCCGAUCACAAGUGAACAGAAGAAGAAAUAUCAGACAAAUGCAAAUGAACCCAGCUCAGCGUUUUCCCCGUCGUCACCUUAUCCUGCUGCCAUUCAAAUUUGGGAGUUCACAGCCAAAGCAGUUGGUGAUCAAACACAUACAAUUGACAUGGAUCACAAGCCGCACUUUCGGCUAGCUUUGUGCUCCGAAUGGGGGGACUUGCGACAAAUGGCCUGGUGUCCCAUGGGGCGAGAAAAGCAGAGUGCCACUGCGGACGAGUCAGUGGAUAUCGGCUUGCUAGCUGGUAUAUGGGGAGAUGGAAGGCUGCGAGUAUUGCAAAUCAAGUUGCAACCGCGUUCGGAUGCCCUGCAAAUUGUCAAAUUAGAUUCUUCAGCCUUCGAGGCUUUGCCCCCAUCGGGCGUAUGUACAAGCUUGGCCUGGCUCUCGCCAAGCGACAUUGCAGUGGGAUGUUCAGAUGGCUUUGUUGCUGUUUGGAGCAUCAUACCGUCCUCGGUUCCAGAACCUCGACCUUACUUCUACCAUCCCAUCCACACAAGCUACAUUUUGAAUAUGACCUCCGCCUACCCGACAAACCCGCAUCUCUUAUCAACGAUUUCAGUCGACGGUGAGACCCGUUUAUGGUCCCUUCUCGAGCCUCAAGGUGAUAACACGACCACCUUCCGCGUACGGCUGGCCUCAUCCCAUCUAAGCUACUCCCCCGUUCUCCAAGCUGUAUGCUCCAGCGACGAGAACGAAUAUGCCAGAAUCAUGCCCGUUCGUCGUUUCUUUGUUACGCUUACACCGGGAAAGGUGAACAGCACUGUCUCCGCGAUGGCACCGUGUAGCUUUUGGCACCCCAGCCUCCUCUAUGGCGGGACUGGCGGUGAAGUCGUGGCGACAAACCCAAUGCGACGCAUGCUGUACGGGAAAGAACCUCUGUGGCAACACACGUGGUUCACGCAUGAAUGGAUCUCGGGGUCUGAUGCAAAUAGCCCAGGCGUCAGCCGGUUCUAUGAUGGAUUUCGCGCUGAAAGCCCCGGUGUGAUGAAAGGUGGAGAAUCCCGACCAAUGGGCUUGAGUCUAACCACCAUUUAUGAUGAAGGUACACACGUCACAUCCCUGGCUUGGAAUUCUAACCGCCAGUGUGCCGCUUGGGGCAGCGCAUCGCUGGGCUGUGGGCUAUUGCGGGUCGAGGAUCUGGCCAUUUAG